ACUGCAUUAGUCCUCCAGUCCACUGGAGGCGCUGUUUCCGGUAACAUCUCCAAGAUGGCGGAAUAUGCCUGUGUGAAGAGUACGAAGCUGGUGCUGAAAGGGAUGAAAAGUGAGAAGAAAAAGAAAAAGAAAGGGAAAAGAAAACUAGAGGAAGAGGAACAGGUGUUUGAUAUUGUUGGAGGAUGGUGGGCAGUUCGGAACUUUGGAGAAAUCACAGGCACUGUGGCAAUAGAGAUGGGAACAGGCACCUACAUCUCUGCUCUGGAUAAUGGUCUAUUUACUCUUGGAGCACCGCAUAAAGAGGAUAAUGAAAGUCCUGAUCCCCCAGAGCAGUUAACAGCUAUCAAAUUAUCUGAGACCAGAAUAGCACUGAAGUCUGGCUAUGGCAAAUAUAUGGGCAUAAAUUCUGAUGGUGUUGUUACUGGGCGAUCGGAUGCAAUUGGAUCAAGGGAACAGUGGGAGCCAAUUUUCCAAGAUGGGAAGCUGGCACUGAUGGCAUCAAACAGCUGCUUUAUCUCUUGUAACGAUGAAGGUGAUAUUAUUGCAAAGCACAAAACAGCAGGAGAAGAGGAAAUGAUAAAGAUUCGUUCCUCUGCUGAUAUUGUUGUAAAGGAAAAAGAUGAGCUUUUAGAUGAAGACAAGGGGAAUGUGAAACAGUGUGAAAUCAAUUAUGUAAAGAAAUUCCAGAGUUUUCAAGACCAUAAACUUCGAGUAAAUGUGGAGGACAGUAAACUGCUGAAAAAAGCCAGGAAAGAAGGUACUUUUCACGAGGCCUUGUUGGACAGGCGAUCCAAGAUGAAAGCUGAUCGAUAUUGCAAAUGAAGCAAUUUUACUGGAUGUAUUUUUUUUAAUCUCCAAGGCUUCUUUUGUGCUCAUACAAAACCAGCAGUGCUGUUCAACAAGCAGCAAUAUUUGUAAUGUAAACCUGCCAUUUUCAAUUUCUCUUUCACUUUUGAAAGGUGUAUUAUGUGUAUAGCCUUGAGUGGUUAUUGUUGUAGAUUAAUUACAUUUUAAGAAUGAACAGUAUAUAUGUUACACUGAAUUCAUUGUAGUUAGAGUAUGCUACAUUCCCACUAAAUCUUUACCCUAAGUGUACAUCCAAGAAUGUGAGGAAUGAAAGGCAAGCUCAAAGAAUAUUGUCAGAGUUGUAUUGAGUAUAUUGUUCUUUGCAACAUUUAUAAUGCCUUAAUUGGCCGUUAUUGGUUUAUUUGUAUUUACUAAUUCACAAUCCAUGCUGUGAUCCUGUUGAGGAUUCAAGUCUUAAAUUUGGGAUGUAGGCAAAUGGCAAAAUGUCAAAGUCUCUGUAUUAAACAUUUAUAAAAUUAAAUUAUGUAUAAAACUAA